UGGGCUCUCCUUCUCUUCCGGACAAAUAUCGACACAACCGAGAGAUGUUGAUGCUGCUGCCGCCUCACAGAGACCGGCCGAGCAGCGCCAUGUACUCAAACAUCGAGAACGGACAGCCUACGAACCUCCAGAGGGCUUUGUUCCACCAGGUGAUGAUCGGACCGUGCAAACCCUGCAGCGACCCAAACCUCUCUGUGGCCGAGAAAGUCCUCACCACCCCCAGUAGCUGGAGUUUGGACAGCGGCACGAGAGACGUCCUCCCUUUCCUCUCGGCUCACGUUGGCGUCAUGGCGCCUCCCGUUCCCCCCCGCAACCUGCCACAUG